UCUUAUAAAACACUUGCCUCUCCCUAGUAACGUAAAAAAGUGUUAAUUACAUUAAUAAAUAUAAUGUAAAGUAGAAUAAAAAAGAAAAUGAAAUAAAUUAAAAGCAAAUAAAAUACAAAAAAAAAUAAUUUGAAAAAUCACUUGAUUGAUUUAUAACCAAUUUUAAAUUGAUAUAAAAAAAUUACAAGAAAAAAUUCCAAAGAGGUGUGAAAAAUAUCCAUACGAAUUUAGAAAAAAUCCAUUACUUACGUGUAUAUGAAAUAGAAAAAUACAAGAAUAGUGAAAAAAAUUAGUGAGAGUAAGAAAAAAUCGAAUAUGUCGAAAUGUCUGAAAAUCGGAAAUGUAUAUUUAAGAGUUUUUGAAAAAAUGUGCUAAUUCAUGUUUUCCGUUCAUUAUCCUCUAACUACAAAUGCAUUCACAGUACAUUAACAAGGCGAAAAACAACAACAACAAUAUUCCAUAUAUUGAAAGAACAAAAUUUAAAUGUAUCCGUCUGAGUAAAAGAAUUUCAACGAUAAUUCAUGAAUAAAACAACAGCAGACACUUGAGAUUUAAGCGAAACGACAACAACUAAAACGGGAGCAGUGGUUGUAAUAACCAGAAAAGCAGGCAUCAGGACAGACAGAGAGAUGGUAUUUUAAAGAGCAGCAACUACCACUUGCAACUAAAAUUUCAACAAACAACCAACUAAGCAAACAAGCAAACAACACACUAUCAACUAACAACAAGCAAUAAAACUUUCAUAAACACGCCAAAGUAAUUAGAAGGAAACUUUAACCCAAUUUGCCUGCACUGAAUAAUACAAAUAAUAUCAGCAACAACAACAAACAUAGACAAUUUUGCACAUUUACAUUCUCGUUCCAAACAUAGUGGCCAACACCAACCAAUAAACGAAAUCAUAUACUAUAUAGUUUAUUAAGAGGGAAAUAAAAAUAAAAACAACAAACUAAAAAACUACAAGAACAAGGAGCUGUAGGAAACAGAACAGCAAAAACAACAACAAACAAACAUAUUUGGGACAACCCCCAUUGGCCAAAGUGCAUGGAAUUUUCAUGUGAUUUAAGAAGUGCGAACGUGGGCCGAAGCCAGAGAUAACAAAAUGCAGAAGGAAAAUAAUACAACAAUAGAGAAUUGCCAAUAUGUGGGCCCAUAUCGACUGGAAAAAACACUCGGCAAAGGACAAACGGGUCUGGUCAAAUUGGGAGUGCAUUGUGUAACUGGGAAAAAAGUGGCCAUAAAAAUAAUAAAUCGUGAAAAAUUAAGUGAAUCUGUGUUAAUGAAGGUGGAGCGUGAAAUAGCGAUUAUGAAAUUAAUCGAUCAUCCGCAUGUUCUCGGCCUAAGUGAUGUCUAUGAGAAUAAGAAAUAUUUGUAUUUAAUACUUGAACAUGUUUCGGGUGGUGAACUCUUUGAUUAUUUGGUGAAAAAAGGACGUUUAACACCUAAAGAAGCACGCAAAUUUUUCCGUCAAAUAAUUUCAGCUUUAGACUUUUGUCAUUCACAUUCAAUAUGCCAUCGAGAUUUAAAACCGGAGAAUUUAUUACUAGACGAAAAGAAUAAUAUAAAAAUAGCAGAUUUUGGUAUGGCGUCUUUGCAACCGGCUGGUUCAAUGUUGGAAACAUCAUGUGGCUCACCGCAUUAUGCCUGUCCAGAAGUUAUAAGGGGUGAAAAAUAUGAUGGACGUAAAGCGGAUGUUUGGUCUUGCGGUGUCAUCCUUUACGCACUUUUAGUCGGCGCUCUGCCAUUCGACGAUGACAAUUUACGACAACUAUUGGAAAAAGUCAAAAGGGGUGUGUUUCAUAUACCACAUUUUGUACCACCCGAUUGUCAAAGUCUGCUGCGUGGUAUGAUUGAAGUAAAUCCAGAACGUCGUCUGACGUUGGCUGAAAUAAAUCGUCAUCCAUGGGUUACUGCUGGUGGUAAGGGUGAAUUAGAAUUGGAGCUUCCCAUGAUGGAAGUCGUUCAGACGCAUGUAAUACCUUCUGCCUCGGCUGUGGAUCCUGAUGUUUUAAAUGCCAUUUGUUCCUUGGGUUGUUUUAAGGAAAAGGAAAAACUUAUACAAGAAUUAUUAAGUUCAACACACAAUACCGAAAAAGUUAUAUAUUUUCUGUUAUUGGAUCGUAAACGUAGACGUCCAGCUUUAGAAGAUGAUGAAGAAAUCGCUCAAAAAUCUCGCAGUGAACUAGAGGCCGCAGAUCCUCCACGAAAACGUUUAGAUACAUGUCGUAUUAAUGGUACAAACUCUACAAGUUAUGGCCAAAUAUCUGAAGGUUCUCCCUUGACGCCUAGAAGACAAGCUUUCAACUUCCGAUCCUAUAGUAGUACACGUAAUCACCAAAGACGUUCUCCUACAUCGGUUUCUACGAUGCGUUCUUCUUCAUAUCAUAGUCCAACACGAUGUAAUUCCCCGAUUAGUUCGGCCCAGCAGCAGGCCAACGUUUUGUCCAGACCUUCGUCGCCGGCCUCAUCUUCGGGUCACUCGUCGCGUCAUUCAACUUAUGGCGAUAGAGAGCGAUCAUCAUCGGUACAUCAUACUCCUAGCAGUCGGACCUCGUCACACUCAUCUCAGGCUGGUGUUGAAGGUCAUAGUAGUGGAAGUAGUAAUGAGGUUGUGUCUCGUGAGCUGCGAGAACGAAGAGAAUCACGCAACGGACGUUCAUCUACAGUACAAACUAGUUGUGUUCCCGGUAGUCCCGGUGGUAAUUCAGCAACAGUUCAUCAAAGGGCUAAUUCUGGGCCCACAAUCGCCAUAAGUAUGUUUCACGAUCCGGAAGCCAAUAAUGUUAUGAAUCCUACAACAUCGCCGUUGAUGAAUAACAGUACUGCUGCCAUUACGGGUUCACCAUGUAAUGCUCCCGGUGGACAAUUGUGGAAAACUAGACUUACCAAUAUUAAGAAUAGUUUCUUAGGUAGUCCACGCUUUCAUCGAAGAAAACUUCAGGUUUCCGCUGAUGAAGUUCAUUUAACACCUGAAUCAUCACCAGAAUUAACCAAACGUUCUUGGUUUGGUAAUCUAAUCACAACUGAGAAGGAUGAAACCUUUACGAUUUUGGUUAAAGGAAAGCCCAUUGCCACAGUUAAGGCUCAUUUAAUUCAUGCCUUUUUGUCGAUGGCGGAAUUAUCGCAUAGUGUGGUCUCUCCAACCUCAUUUCGUGUUGAGUAUAAACGUAACGGUAAUGGACCGGUCAUGUUUCAGCGACAUGUUAAAUUUCAGGUUGAUAUUAGUGCUAUUUGCAAACAGGGUGAUGUAGCAGACAUGUUAUUUGCUCUAACAUUUACACUAUUAUCUGGUAAUAUAAGACGAUUCCGUCGCAUCUGUGAACACAUACAAUCUCAGGUAUGUUCGAAACGUUUUCCGGGACCUAGUAGUCCUCCUACAGUACCAACUGUUACCCAAGCAGUAUCAGAGAGUUCAUCUUGUGGUUCCGUAUCCAGUGAACGUUUGUCCUACAAAAGACAGCAAAUCGAAAAUGAUACAGAAAACGAUUCAAUAUUUACGUACAAAUCUGGCAAUAGUCGUCGUUCAUCGGCCACGAAUAAUAAUAAUGCUAAUCCUAUCGAUAUGCCUGGUAGUCCCAUUGCGGUAAGAUCCAAUUCCGAAUCAGCUGAACAGGAGCGAUCACGUGAUAUCCAGAGUGAGCGUCAGGCGACAACAAUGUCCGGGAGUGCAAUAGCAUGAGAAUUAUUUCUCUGAUUUGGUUCAAGUUUUAUACAAAUUAUUUAUUUUCAACAAAUCUACCAACUUUUACUUCAGGUUUAAGUACUUAUUUCUAUAAACACCCACACACAAAAAUCUAUUUCACACACACUCAACCUUAUAAAUAAAAUAAAAUUAAUUAAUAAAUUAAAACUUAAUAAAACAAAGAAAAACCAGAAAUUCUUAACCAUUAAUAGUAUUCAAAUUUUUUCAAAAAUAAAAAUAAAAACUAAUCAAUAAAAACCAAAAAUAAACACAAAUUAAGAAGCAAUAAAAAAUUUAAUCAAAUUUUCUUAAGCCUAAAUAAAAUCUAACAAAAAACUACAAAGAAAUUGUGAAAAAAAACUUAAUGCAUUUAGAACAACUUGUGUUUUAGAAAAACCAAAAAAAUCAUCAUCGUUAUUUAUAUUUGAUGAGUAGAAAAAUUGCAUAACAAAACAAAUUGAAGAUAAAUAUUUUUUAUAAUAAAAUUUGCUUUUAAACUAGACGAACAAUUUUCAUCUAAAUGCUUAUUUAAUAAAAAAAACAAAAAUAAUAAAAUACAAAAAUAGUCAGUUAAAAGAUCACCAAAAAACAACAAUUAUUGCUUCAACUCAAUGUCGAUACAUUUGUACUAAAUACUUACGAACACUUGAGAAUAUUUUCAAUAUUUUUGAGUUUCUACUAACAAUUUUGAGCUCCUUUUUAUUUUUUGUUAAAUUUGACUUAAACAUUGUUGCCGCCGAGCCGUAAAAAAAAUAAUUAAGAAGAAAAUGCUUAAAUAAAUUAUUAAAUGGGUAGACUACUUUAGGACUUACCCGAGAACAUACUUAUACUUACAUAUACCUAAUAAUUAAAGUGCAAGUCGUUGUAUGGACCUGCUCAAAAAGGAAUAUACUUAUUAUAAAGUUUAAAGCUAAAAAAUUACCGACCAGUGAUUAUUUGAUCGAUAGAAUCAGAUUGAUUGUAAAUUGAUGAAAAAUCUUUUGAUUUAUAUGUUGUUGUAUGUAUGUAUUCCAAAUAUACUACAUAACCAAACAAACAAACAAAUUCUCGUAUGUAAGUGUUAAAACAUAUAAUUUUUACAUAAAUUAAAAAUUGUAUAAAAAUUUGUAUAUUUAAAAGUAAAAUGAUUUUGACUCAGCAACAUCACACACCGAACGACCCAAUGUUGAGGCAUUUAAAUUUGUGUAAUCUCGAAAUUAUUAAUGUUGAGGAAAACCAAAAAAAAAAAAAAGAAAUAAAUUUGUAAACAUUAAACGAAAAAAAGAAAAAUAUUUUGAAUAACAAAAUUAAUGAAAUCCAUAUACAAAAUAAAUAUACAGAAAUCAUGGAAUGUAUGAAAUACCUGUAUUUGAUUGAUCGGAUAUGAGUUUUGAAGUCAAAAUACAUACAUAUGUAUGUAUAUGAAUUCUACAAGUGUAGUAUUUAAUACUCAUUAAACUAUAAAUUAUACAUAGAAUAGAUUGUUUUUAUUUUUGUCUUUUUAUAGAAAUAAUUUGUAUAAAUUGCAUGAAUAAUAAGAAUAAUUAAUACACAUAAUUAACUAAAUAAAUCA